AAUAAUUAAAAAAAUAUAACACUCGCUCCAUCAUACUAAAAGUUAAUUCAAAGGUGAACAACCCUUUAUUGAUUAUCACUAAAUUGUGGAAUUAGCCCAUAGGUAUAGGAGCACAAACUUUUUACAUGCAGUAGCAGCUCAGAACCCAGCUGCCAACUAAUUACUUGGAAGGAAAAAUUAACCGUAUCUCAACUAGGCAUCCCUGCCACACCCAUUACUAAUAUUUAUGGUGGUCCUUUACAAAGAUUGAAUUAGUAUAUUAUGUGAGGAGCACACUUGCUGCUAUACUAUAGGUAUAGGGCGAUAAUACCCUGCAGAAUUUUCAAGCUGUGUUUUGUUGCUUAAUUCUCUGAAUUUUUUCAGAGUGAUCUAGUUUAACUCCCAACAAUAUUUUCAAAGAUGACCCCAUUCUAUUAUAUUUUUGUACAAAGGAACCAUUUUAUAACUUUAAGAUGCAGAUUUAUCAAAAUGUGAAUUUAGAGCUUCAUAAAUAAAAACCCACCCACAUUCACUCCAUUGGGAUUUAUAUAAUUGCAUUUAUGAAUGGGUGCGUUAGAAAUCACCAUUUCAUAAUAACAGUUCUAAAAAUCCCAUAGGAAUGAAUAGAAUGUGGGCACAUUCUCAUUUACUAAGCUCUAAACUCACAUUUUGAUAAAUCUGCCCCUAUGAGUCAUUCUCAGGGAGGCAGCCAACCCCAUUUACACUGUAAAAUAUAGCAAUCACAGCCCUCAUUUAAGAGGGUGGUGACAUAUACUGGUAGACUUUUACUUAAAUAAAGUAUAUAAAUAAAACAGUACCAUGCACUUUAGCUUUGACCCUCUUCAUAAUUUACACGUUGCUUUUGGAAUGGAACUGAAUUCCCUCAAUGAUGAUCAAACGCCGUUCCCAAGAGCUUUCUCAUUGGUUAUGAAGGGUAUAGUGGAAAUGAGGAAUCCAAUGGUAAGGGUAAGCAUUCUGUAACAAUUAGAAUCUCUGAGUUCUCACAAUUGCUGAAAGAUAAAGAGACUUCUCUGGUUAGGAUAGAUGAGCCACCUUGAAGGGAAUUGUUACUGUACCUAUUUGGUUUGACCCUGGUUAAAUAUGGAGAAAACGUGAUGGCCAGGACUGGGAGGGGUUAUCAAUGUGACAAUUGAAGUCACCUAGAAUAAUUGACGGGCUGUCAGAGCAUAGGAAAAAAGAGAGCCAUGAUUCAAAGUCAGAGAGAAAUGUGGCAGGAGAUUUAGCAGAAGGUGCCUUUCAAUCUCUCAGUAUCAAAUAUCAAGAAUCGCCUCAUUUUGUAUUUUUUCUGCAGCUUUAGAAAAAGAAAGUAAUGCUUAAUAAAUUAGCCCCAAACCUUGUACCAUAAAGCAUUGUUUGUUCAAUUUAAAAAGUCUUAUUUUCAGCUGUUGAAACUCAGAAUGUAUGAUGAUUAAUGUAUGACAAUGAUGUGAAUAAAGUCUAUUUAUUUUUCAGGCCAAGAAACCACUGCCAACCAGCUGUCAUUUGUAGUAAUGGAAUUGGGGCGGAAUCCAGAGAUUCUAGAAAAGUACUAAAAGAAAGUCUGCGCUUAUACCCUACAGUACCAGGCUCAUCACAGUGGCUUAAAGAGGACAUGAUAAUAGAUGGAAUUAAGAUUCCAGCAGAUGUAACUAUGACGUUAAACUCUUAUAUCAUGGGAAGGAUGGAGGAGUUUUACACAGAUCCACUUACCUUCAACCCAGACAGAUUCAGCCCUGAUGCACAAAAAUGGAGGCCAAGGUAGCAAUGGCAAAGCUCCUGCAGAGAUAUGAGUUUGAGCUGGCUGAAGAACAAAGUUUUAAGAUUUUAGACACAGGGACUCUCCGACCCAUGGAUAGGGUCAUAUGCAGACUGAGGCCUCGAACAAGCAAUAAGGCAGCUGCACCAAAAUAGUUAUUAUAUCAAUGAUAUGAAAUAAUAUCAAUACUUUCCUCCAUACAAAAGCAGACAUAUGUUGAGUGCAUUGAGGGAAAAUACAAAUAUGUGUCUUUCUUGUGUGUCUGACAUAUAGCUUAAAACAAAGGUUGAGCUGAUCUGAAAAUGCAUUUUGUAGUCUAUUCUAAUGUAAGAAGCAGUGUAAAAAAACUGCAAAUGCACACACAACAUGCUGCAUUUUAAGCUUAUUUUACACCUAAACUCAAUGCACAGUUUUGUGAAUAUGCCAGAUUUUAUUCUGCAAAGCCUUGCUUUCAGAUAUUGUCAUGUGGUGUAUUUAUGCUACACUUGUUACACAGCUUCAUAAACAGGAACCGUAAAUGUUGGUUCCUCUGAUCUCCUCCUGAGCUUAUUAUUUCAUGUGCAUGGCAUCCUGGAGGUUGUACUAGUGAUAUGAAGUUUGAUUUGAAAACCUGCAUUGAUCUGUAGGUUGACCACGGUUGGGUGAGUUCAGGUUGAAAUUUGGCCAAAUAUUUUGGGUAAGGUGCAAGUCAGAAUGGGGAAGUACACUAAUACACUGCUCCCAAAAAUGCCAAGUUCCAGAGUGAGAAGAUGCAGGUACGGGUUGGCAACAUUUUGCGGGUUAGGGUGCAGGUGAAGCUUUUACGGGUUAGGGUCGGGUGCAGUUUGAGGUUUUCCUGAUCUGUACAUCACUAGAUUGUGCAUGGAAUGCACCAAGAAUGUAUGUUCAAGGAGAAGUCUCCAUAAGUGCACCCCCCAUAGAGGUGUUGUUGUGAAAAGUGGUCCAUCAGUACUAUGUUUAAAAAAUAAGAAAAGUGGUUUUAAAAGUUUUAAGUUACUUUUUAAGUUAAAUAUACAUUGCACUUAUGAGGCUCUAUAAAUUAUAGACAUAUUUCUAUGAAUGCUUUUGUGGCUAUUAAAUAUACAGUGGCAUAGACCCAGGGAAAAAUCUGUAUUGUGCAUAUAUGUACAAGGCACCCAUUAAGCCACUUGGUCUGCUUUCCUCAUUCCUACCUGAAGAAUGUAUAGAUAUACAUGGUGUACAUAUGAUAUUUGGCUUUUCUACUCUUUUUAUAAAUUUGUUGAUAAUUAACAUGAAUUAACAUCAUUUAUAUACCCCAUUAACUAUUUAGAUCAAAUGGCGUAUAAAGUGUGAGUUAUAUUUCUAAUAAUGCUAAUAGUAAUUUGGUAAAAAUAAAUGAAAUAUCUGACUUAAUAUGAAGUUUGAUCAUCAUUUGAUCAUUCAUGGCUGAGAUAGGUUAUGUUUAAUCUGUUAUGCCAAAAGGCAAGGAUUCUUAACCUUAGGUCAAAAUACAGUAUAGAUGAUGAUCCCCAUUGAUGAUGUGAAAUCUCUAUACAUAAAAAAAAUAUUUAUAUGCUCAAUAGCCUCAUAGUAAAUUAUCUCUAUGCUUUUAGCAGCAGUGAGAAUCCAACAAUUUAUUGGGAUAGUAUUACUCUACUACCUUGCUACUUAACACUAUUUUGUAGAAAGGGUUAUUUAGGAACAAUGAUAAUUUUUAUAAUCUGUGCUUGAGUUGAGUAAGAUUAAGUCACAUGGCCAGGGCCACCAUUAGAAAUCAUGGGCCCAUACAACAACAUUUUUGGGGUCCUUGGCCCUGCCCACCCCAGCG